AUGUCUACCAACAUCUCUGUGGACCCGGUGGAUUUAAACACCUCUGACACCAACCAGAUGUGUGACGUCUUUGUCGACCAGAGAGCUGCCUUGAUCAUCUUCCCAAUCUUCUACUCUCUGGUGUUCCUCAUCAGUUUAUGUGGCAACAGCCUUGUCCUGUAUGUGACCUGUCAGAAGAAGCAGAAGUUCAACUCCACGUCUCUUUACCUGGUCAACCUGGCUGUGUCUGAUGCAUUGGUCACAUUGGUACUGCCAGGGAGAGUCACUUACUACAUCAGACAGUUUGACUGGCCCUUUGGGGAUCUGCUCUGCAGGCUGGCUACUAUGUUGUUCUUUUCAAACACAUACUCAGGAAUUGCCUUCAUGACAUGCAUCAGUCUAGACCGGUACUUGGCCAUGGUCCACCCCCACCGGCUACAGUACCUGCGGAGCGUCAAAGUGGUUCGAGGGGUCUGCUGCCUCGUCUGGCUACUGGUGUCUCUGGAAACCGCCCCCCUGCUCUUCCGUACCAUGCUCCAUUACCACAGAGGCCGACGAACCUGCAUGGAGUACUUCACCUUUGAGGAUACUCGCUCCACCCCUUAUCUUCUCCUCCUGGCCUGUACUGUUUCCUUCUGUCUCCCCCUACUGGUCAUCAUUGUGUGUUACACCCGGAUCAAUCUCAAACUGAGUCGCACGGCCAAAGAGAACCCACUGACGGGCCGCUUGGGUCGUAGCCGCAGAGCCAAAAAUAUCAUCCUCCUCAUCCUCCUCACCUUCGUCCUGUGCUUCAGCCCCUACCACCUCAACAUCAUGCAGUUCAUGCUGAGGAAGGUGCUGGGCCAGCCCAAGUGUGACGAGAUGCAGGCAUUCAAGGCUUCCCUACAGGUGACUGUCUCCAUGAUGAACCUUAACUGUUGUCUGGACCCUGUCAUCUACUUCUUUGCCAUUAAGACGUACAAGCAGAGGGUGAUGCGUCUGUUCAAGGGCUACCUUUCAACCCCUGCUCCUUUCUCCAAAACCGCCACAGACAACAGCAGCAGCAACACCUAA